AUGGCUCCUAGCCAUCUCCUCCGGGCGUCCCUGCCCAUCCGGUCAAUGGCAUCGCCCAUGGCCCUAACCCGAUCAACUCUCCCAUCCACGCUCUCGAUCACACAUACCAUUCGAAAUGCCUCCACAUCCUCAGAACCCGCACAAACCCCCACCGCCUCACCACAUGUAUCCGGCCCUCAACCACUCAAACGCCCUGCCAUGCUCCGCAACUACGCCUCCAGCCUAAAGACCGGCACCGUCGUCUCUGUCGGACGUAUGCAACGCACCGUUACCGUCUCCUUCCGCCACAAUAUCUGGGAUAAGCGUAUCCGGAAAUACUACCCCCAGGAAACUCGCUUUCUCGUCUCUGACCCCCGUGACUCCCUGCGUGAGGGUGACGUGAUUGAAUUCUCCUCUGGUGCUCCUAAGAGCCGCCACGUUCACCACGUCGUUGAGCGCAUCCUUACCCCCUUUGCUAUCCCCAUUGAUGAGCGACCCGCUGUUAUGUCGCCUCAAGAGCGUCAGGCUGAGCGUGAGAAACGCUGGGCUGCCAAGUAUGUGCGUCGGGAAUCGAGGCGGUUGGGCGAGGAGGUCGAUCUGGCCUCAAGGCUAGAGCUUAGCCCCGGCGAGGAACUUUCGCAGGCGGAGAUGAUUCACCGCAUUCACCAAGGGAAUGAGCGUGUUGGAAAGGUCAAGGCUUUGGUUGAGAAGAGAUUGGCAAUGCAAGCGCAGUCUGAUUCUUGA